GCAAAGGGCCAGGAGCGUGCUGAAAGAGCAGCCGCAGGAUGAGCCGCCGGCAGCGGCCGUAGCAGCAUGAUAACUUGACAUGAGCACAAGCCAAGGGUACGCACGUGACGCUGCCCUUCAACGCUCGAUUCCCCGCGCGAUCGCACGCCGCGAUGUCGCGAGUUCAUCGACACGGCACAGCAGCGACGACACUGUCGGAGCGAGCAUACGGGAGAAGAUUGAGAAGAACCGGGUCGAGGAACUCAGAAGGCUGCGCAAUAUUGGGCAGCUCAGCACGACAUAUGACAAUGUCAUCAUCAACGCCGGCCCGUCCGCUUCGGCGCGGGUGGGAACCAUGUUCCUCGAACUAUCACGCAUCGGCGCAGCUCGCACCGAGGCUCGCAACAGAGCCAGUGCUCUCAAGGGACAGGUAGCGGGUCCGAUCCCGCCGAACAGUUGGACAGGAUCCUUUCUCGAUGCAUCGGGCCGAAAUCAAAGCUCAAGGUCUGGUGCAUCAGGCGGCAGCUCGCACGCCUCCUAUGCCAGCUGUGAAGCCAGAGUCCGGUUGGCAGCAUGUAUUCGUCGAAUCUAUGAUGCAGUGCCGGACCGAGAGGAUGAGGGAUUCGAGAGCAUGUCCUUCGACCGUUCUCCUUUGUCGAACCCGGCCUCCCUGUCCGAUUACUGCCUCCUCGCCAUCAUCUCUGCCGUUCGACGGCGAAUGCACGCGGACAUUGGUGAGGAGCUGUGGGAGUUGCUGCCUAUGCUUCCAUUGCAUGUCAAGCAUCGCAUGAUGGCGCUCUGCGGGCGCGUCUGCGGUGCAGCUCCUCUCAAGGCAGAGGAAGCGAGACAGCUUUGGCCACAUGCUGUGGAAGAUGCCGCAGCAGCCACACGCAUCCCCAGACCCGUCGAUGAUUGGGAAGAUGAAGACGAGGACGGCAUCGCAGCAGAUGCCAUCGAUGACAGCGACGACUCUGCGCAUAUCGCACCUCUGGCAUCGCAGCCAAAGGUGGACCUCUCCUUCGCAGCUGUGACGGCCGCUCAACUGUCGCAGCUGCUGCUCGACAAGUCGUCAGGGCUCAAUGUGCAGCUCAAAGUGUUAUCCCUUGCCGGCCUGCAAUUUGAUGCGCAGGAGGACCAGGCCAUCGAAGCGAUUCUAGGGUCUCUUGUCAAUCUGGAGACAUUGUCACUGGCUGGAUCUUCACACGAGCCGGGAGCCAGAAGCGCCCGGCUUCUCGAAAGCGAUCUUGCGUUGUGGCUCGCAGCUCUUAGCCGAACACUUCCCAAGGUGCGAGUGCUCGACCUGAGCUGCUGCUCUUGGGUCACACAUGGGCUUGUGCAAGAAAUUGCAGACAACCGGUCCUUGUUCCCGCACAUGCGUCUGUUGGGGUUGGCUAGCACCGGAUUCCGUUCAAGCGAUUCCAUCAUCCGUCGCAAGUUGUACGCACGGCACAUCAAUGUUGUUUUGUAGCAUCAAAUUUAGCCAAUGCCGGCCAAUGAGCCCCUGUACCCAUUACACGUGCCACCAGCGGCCUCCACAGAUACAUCGGGCAUGCAAACGAGC